AUGGCGCCUGAAACUGAUACCCAUCCUCCCCCAGACCUUUUAAAUCGUGUAAUUAAUGAGGCGAAUCCAAUGGGUGUUCUAAUUGUAGACGAGCCCCAGUCGACUCAAAACACGUUCGAAUUACGGCCUAUAACUCGCCAAAGACGAAUCACAAUUCUCAUCUCAAGCUUUUUGACAAUAUGUAUCACGAUUGGUCUCAAUCAAUCUUAUGGUGUGUUUCAGAGUUACUAUAUCUCCGAAACCCAAACCAUGCUUCCCAAGUCAACUCGUAACGAAGGCGCCUUGGUGGCUUUCGUGGGAACGCUCGGGUCUGGUCUGACAUGGGCGGGUAGUGUUGUGGUAAAUCCUAUGAUGGCAAGACUAGGUAUGAAGGGUUCCAAACAUAUCUGUAUGAUGGGAGUUGCUUUCAUGAGCCUAGGCUUUGGACUGGCUAGUGUCUGGCAACUCUUAUUGACACAAGGCUUGUUAUAUGGCAUCGGUUCAUCGUUUCUCUACUAUCCAAUUCUCAGCACAGCACCCGAGUAUUUUACCACUCAUCGUGGCUCAGCUAUGGGAUUUAUCCUAUCGGGUGCAGGUAUCGGCGGGCUCGUUUUCUCUCCUUUGAUACGCUUUCUUCUGACAUCAAUUGGACCAAGAUGGACGCUCCGUUUACUUUCUUUCCUCGUGCUGAUAAUCGCUUUGCCGAUCGCCGCCACUGCAGCUCCAUCACGAUUCAUAGGAAGGAGAAAAACUCACGUCGAUCUCAAAUUGGCCAUAAAGCCUGCGUUUAUCUUUAGCGUUGGAGCUGGCUUCCUACAAGCGGGAGGCAACGGACUACCGCUCACAUUUCUGGCUGAGUACUCUGUGGCUUUAGGCUACACGUCUGCUUUUGGGGCCACGUUGCUAGCUGUUUCAAACGGUAUUAAUUCUAUUAGUCGAGUUAUGACGGGAUUUGCUGGCGAUAGGUUCGGGAGACAGAAUACUCUAAUUCUGACAGUCAUUUUGUGCGUUAUAUCGGUGUUAGGAUUUUGGCUAGGGAGCACUACUGCAAAUGGUAACAAAGCACUGUGGCUACUUUUUGUAGUUUUUUAUGGAGUUGCAGGUGGUGGUUAUAAUGCUCUAUUUCCAACAACUGUGGCGGAAGUGUUUGGACUCCAGGCCUACGCUAGCGUGAAUGGGUUCAUCUAUUUUGUUCGAGGCCUCGGAACCAUGCUUGGUAGUCCAGUUGGUGGCAAAAUUCUGGGGGAGAGCAAGUUAGGAAACUAUCGUUCGGUGAUCUUGUUUGAUGCUGCGCUUUUGUCUGGCGCUACAUUCUGCGUUAUUGCAGUGCGAUUUUUUGAUUCUGUGGAAAAGAGAUCUUGGAAGUGGAUAGCUUAA